AUGAUUUUUUUUCUUAACAUUCUUUCUUUCUUUCUUUGUUUCUUCCUUCCUUUCUUUCUUCCUUUCUUUCUAUACCUUUCUUCCUCUCACUCUUUCUUUCUUAGAAAAAUAUCUUUCUUUCUUUCUUUUUUUGUUCAUUCUCUCUUCGUUCUUUCUUUUUUCUUUCUUUCUUCUUUCUUUUUUCUUUCUUCUUUCUUUUUUUCUUUCUUUUUUCUUUGUUUCUUUGUUUCUUUCUUUCUCUCUCGCGACACUGCUUUAUUUUUCCUUUUUUCUUUCUAUAUUUCUUUCUUUUUUUACUUUUCUUUUUGUCAAUCUUUUCUUUCUUUUUCUUUUCUUUUCUUAUUUUUCUCUCUUUCUUUCUUACGCUAUAUUUCUUUUUUUAGAAAAAAUAUUCAUUUUCAUCUUUUUCUUACACUUUUCUUUUUCUUUUCUUUCUUUUUCUUUUCUUUCUUUCAUCCUUUCUUUCUUUCUUCGUUCGACCUCAUUCUCUCACCUUCAUUUUCAUUCGCUUUAUUUUUUAUCUCUUGUCCAUUUCCGCUUAUUCUUCUUUUACUUUUGUCAUUCUUCUUCUUGUUCAUUCAACUGUCUUUUUCGUUUUUCAUUUUCUUUAUUCAGUCUUCUUAUUUUUGCUUUUUGUCUAUCCAUGCUUCAUCUUCUUGUUUCAUUCGCGCGUCUUUUUCUUUAUACACUCUUUUUCUGCUUCAUUUUUGUUCGUUCGUUCGUUCUUCAAUCAGGCCACUUAUUCUUUAUUCAACCUUCUUCAUUCAGUUUUUUUUUUCAUCAGUUAAUUUUCUUUCUUCUUCAUUCAAGGUACUUCUUCAUUCAAGUUUUUUUCUUUCUUCAUUCAUAUUCCUUUUUUUCUUCAUUCACACUUUUUCAUUGUUCCCGCUUCUUCUUCCUUCAAACUUUUACUUUUUCGUUCCUUCUUCUUCUUCUUCUUUGUUCAUGCUUCUUAUUCAUUUUCUUAAUUCGGCCUUCUUAUUUUUCUUCUUGUUCAUUCAUCCACAUUUUUUCAUUCAACUAUUUUUCAUUCUACCUCUCUCUUCAGUUUUCUUUUUUCAUCAGUUACUUGUUUUUAGUGCUUCUUCCUUUCAUCAUUCACCUUAUUAUUCCUCAUCCACAUUUUUCUUCUGUCCUGCUUCAUCUUUUAUUUCUUCAUUCACGAUUCUUUUUCUUCGUUAUUCACUGUUUUUACUCUUUCUCCUUUGUUAUUAUUAUCUUUCCUUCGUCGUUUUUCUUCUUUUUCUUUCACUCGCUAUUCACCUUUUUUCCCGAUCAUCUCCUCUCUCCAUUUUUAAUUUUUCUGUUCUUCUUUUUUUCCUUUUUCCUUUCGAUUUCCUUUUUUUUUUAAAAUAUCGCUUUGUUGCUAUUGUUCAUCUUAUUUUUUUUCAAUCAACUUUUAUUCUCUUUCAAAUUUCUUUCUUUUCAUUUGUCUUCUAUGUUCUUUUUCUUCUCUUCAUUCACCCGCUUCUUUUUUGUUUUACCUGCUUUUAUUCUUUCCUUCUCCUCUUCCUUCUUCUUCGUUGUCAUUGUCGUUGUUGUCUUAUUUGUCUAAUUACUUUUUGCUCCCUUCCGACAUCUUUCGCCUCGUUAUUAUCGUUGUCGUGUCCUUUUCAUUUUACUCCUCUUUUUAUCCAAUCUAUUCAUCUAUCUAUCUAUCUAUCUGUAUCUUUAUUUCUUUUUUACUAUCUUCCUCUUUUCUUAUCAUCCCUUACUCUUCUUCAUUCACACUUCCUUUAUUUCAUUUCUUCAUUAAAUCUUAUUUUUCUUCUUCUUCUUCAUUCACACAUUUUUUUCAGCCUUCCUCGUCCAUGUUUCUUCAUUUAUUCUUCUUUUGCGUCAUUCAAUAUUUUUCACCCCAUUUUACACUUCAUUCUCCUACUCUUUCUUUUUUUCGUUCUUUCUUUCUUUUUUUAUAACUUUUUGCUCUUCUUGUUUUUUUCUUUCUUUUCGCCGCUAUCCACUAUUCCACCGUGCCUCUCUCUCUCUCCCUCUCUCUCUCUCUUUCUCUCUCUCUUUCUCUCUCUCUCUGUCUCUCUCAAGAUUACCCUGAAGAUCUGUUUAGGGGAAUUAAUAUUUAAAAGUUGGAGUAUUAUCUAUUUAAUCCUAACCUUGUCUUUUUCUUUUUAUCUCAAUCUAUCUAUCUAUCUAUCUAUCUAUCUAUCUAUCUAUCUAUCUAUCUAUCUAUCUAUCUCAAUCUGUCUGUCUAGCUAUCUCAAUCUAUCUAUCUCAGUCUAUCUAACUCAACAUCUCCUCAGUGCAUAA